UUAGACUUGUGAUGAACUAUGAGCUGCAUCAAUGUAUCAUUAACGCAGUGUCGAACCGAAGAAGGAUACCGCAUGAUCGUCAAGAAAAGUCUGUACUCGCAUCAGGUGGGUAUGUAUCGCAGCGCAUAUAAGGAUGGCAAGUUCUUUCUUCCAGUCGUUCGCUUUUCAAGUGCCAGUUGCUUUCUACUCCCAGCCUCAGUGCUAGCUACUUUCUACUUUCACACAAGGUGCUUCUGCUUCCAAGAUGCAUUCAAUGUGGCUAUCAAUUCUUUGCUUUGUCGGUCUUAUUGGUGGCGCUCUCAGCCAAGAUGAAUGCCGCGGGCUCGGAGGAUAUGGGCCAGCUAUCGACUUCUGCCGUAACAGCUUUCCAUUCCCGACAUUUACCUUGGUGAUCAGCAUAGAAGGGGCCAAUCAACGAAGAGACUUUGCACCACACCAUACUCUGAUGCGCAGGGCAACUGGGGAGGCUGAUGCUGCGGUCACUGCGGAUGCGGCACUCUCUGCCCAAGCUGAAACGCUCGCUUCCAUCCAACAGGCGACUGAGGCUGAGCAAAUACGCUUCUGUGGCUGCAUCAGGCCUGUAGUCACCGUCACUGUGACUUCGACUGUGUUCGUUACUCCUUCCACCACUGCGACGACGACAACCACGACAACUACUACAACAAGCACUACUACCACCACCACAACCACGUCCACAACUACGCCCACACCCACAACCACGACAACUACAACAACUACGACCACCACCACAACCGCAACAGGUACUGAGGUCGCCGCUGGCCAAACUAUGGCCGUCAUAGCCAAUAUGGGUAACACCAAGCGUGAUACAUACUACCUUGGCAUUAACGGCAACGGCAUCGCUGUGUUGGGUAGUCAGGCUGAUUCUGCUACGUUCGUUACUGGAGCAGACGGUACUAUCCUCUAUGGCGCUGAGUACCUCGGCUCCAACCCUGGUUCUAACUCCGACGCUGCGUUCCUUGAGGUCUUUACUACCGUGCCAACUAACCACGUCUGGUUGAGGGACUCAUCUGGUGCGCUUACCCUUACUGACCGCCAAUUCUGUGUCCUAUCCUCCAUGGAGGUCGAGACAAUUGACACCGCUGGCGACAACUGUGGUGGUACCAUUGUAACCUUUAUAGCCGUGUCUGCCACUGCCACUACCACCACCACGAGCACUACCUCUACUACUACCAGCACAACCACAACUACACCCACAACCACGACAACUACAACAACUACGACCACACCAACCACUACAACAACUACGACCACACCAACCACCACCACGACCACGACGACAACCACCACCACGACGCCCACAACCACGACUACGACUACGGAGCUACUCGCAACUACGACCACUACAACAACACCCACCACCACAACAACGACAACCACGCCCAGCACGACAACUACAUCGACGACGACGACCUCUACGACGUCAACGACUACAACCACGACGACGACUACUACCACAUCUACAACCACUACGACCACAACUUCUGCCACAAAUACUACCUGAGCAACGACAACAACACCCCGUGGCACGUGGUCCUUUGGUGGUUACGAUAUCAGAGGCUUUCUGACUACAAGUGAUGUCCAGCCUAUCAAUCUUUACCUAUCAUUCAACUGAUACUGGCAAAUGAAGUUGAGCGGAAAAGAUGACCUCAACGUCCUCUUGACAAAAUAUUGCGCUGCUGAGAUCAGCAUCAUAAUGAAUACCCGAUAGAUCUCAUUAUCAUGAUUAUAAUAUAGGUAUCAAGCUAGGAAAUAAAGAAAAAAAAGUUUGAAAAUCG